AUGCUCCAAUUUCUCAUUGCACCAUUUAAUCAUGCCACACACUUUGGCAGAACAAAUGCCACAAUUUCCACAUCCAUAGACCACUACUUCACCCUCUCAACACCUACCUUUUCCGUUCCACCAAUGCCUCCUAAACCUGAAAACCCAGAUCCUCAGCAUGGAACCUCAACAUCUAACCCUCUCAGAUCACCAAAUUCAUUAACUUCCAUUUGUCCGCCUCCUGUGAAGUCACUCGAACAUCUUCCCCAACAAGAACAUCAUCAUAGACAUGUAGUUCAACUAGGGGUGACUGUGACGGCAUGCAUGCUUGGCGUGUUCAUGUUUCUCUGCGCCGUGUCCGUACUCAUAAGGUACUUUUACUCCAGGAGAUACAACCGCAACCCUAACGGAAGAAGAGACACGCCGAUAUUGUUCGCUUUGAACGGAGGAGAUUCUCCCACUUCGGAUAACGAUGAUGACGUGGACCAAGACCACUUGGCGGUUGUCCACCCCAUAUGGUACAUCCGCACCGUCGGUCUCCAACAAUCGCUCAUAGACUCCAUCACCGUCUUCAAAUACAGAAAAAACGAAGGAAUCAUAGACAGCUCCGAAUGUUCUGUGUGCCUCGGAGAGUUCGAACACGACGACACUCUCAGGUUGUUGCCCAAGUGCAGCCACGCUUUCCACGUGCCUUGCAUUGACACCUGGCUCCGCUCGCACAAAAACUGUCCCCUGUGUCGCGCGCCUGUGGUCGCCGAUGAAACUGGAGCCGCUGACCAGAAUCAUCACACGGUUUCAACCGUGUCUGAUCAUCAGAGUCAGAAUCAUGAGGCUCGGGCGGAGGAUUCUGAUGAAGCGGUUGGAUUAGAAGACGGUGGUGGUUCUGGUGAGUCUUCUGGUGGAAUAGAAACACAGCCUCUGAGGAGAUCGGUUUCCGUGGAUUCUUCUUCUGCUUCUGCUUCUGCUUCAAAUUCAACGGUGUUUCGUGAUGUGAGGGUGGAUAUAGACACCCCUUAUGACGAAAAAUUGGGUUCAAGUAACAAGGGUGUGAUUCACAUGAGUAUUGAGAAACAUGGAAGUGGGAGUUCAAGUUCAACUACAAUUCACAAGUUGGCUUCUAUUGGACGUGCCUUACAAAAGGGAUCAGUCUCAAUGAGAAGAUCGUUUUCACAUAACACGAAAUUUUCGUUAUCCGCGCACUGUAGGAGUCAGAGCUCUACUCUUCCAUUGUAA